UUUCCCCCACUUACCAUUUAACUUUCUCUCCCGUUUUCUCUUCUCUUUCGCUUUUACCUAGAAAAUUUUCCUUCCCGGUCGGUCGCUAUAUUUCGGGAGUCAGAAUCUCGAUUCCCCAAGCGAAAUGAAGAAAUCAGGGAUCGCAGCCGCGGCCGCUGCCUCCGUCGCCGCAGCUUCAGCCACCGCCAUCUCUUCCUCGGCUCUAGCUUCCAACACCAACUCGCAGCGAUCUCGCCAGGAGGCUGAUUCGAGCAAAGAGAGUGAAAAUUCCAGGACUUCUUCGGAUCAAUUUGCGCCCAGGUUCGAUGGACUGAGGUUUAUUGAAACGCUGGUUACGGCUCACAGAUAAGCUUGAUUGUGAUGAACCCGAUGUGUAUUGGAUCUGCCUAAUCCACCUGUUUUUAAUUGUAAGUCUUAGAUCAACAGGGGCAAUUAAGAUGUUUACAAUUUUCCGAGAAAGAGAGGCAAAUGAGUUAUAAUUGAAUUCCAUUCUGUUCCUUUUUUUUUUUUCUCCCCUUUUCGUUAGGGCUUGUUUGGUUGUUAGGAAUUCCCUAUUUGAUUUCGAUUCCGAAAGGGAAACUUUGGAUAAUAGAUAUGUGAAAGUUGCAUAAAAACUUUGAAUACUCCAUAUACUGUCGGUUACAUGGAUUUUAACUCUUGCAAACUAUAUUUGUUUACCAUCA